AUACAGGUUUUGCGAAGUCGUUCUUAGAAAAUAACGAAUGGGUUUCGUGUUUGAAAUUGAUUCUACCUACUCCCUCACAAAUUCACAAGGAGGCAUUUUUUCAUUCGAAACUAUCUAGGGCAUUUGCGUUCUGCACGCAGCAGCCUCCUAGCGCCCCCAAUCCCUUGACGCAAGUUCCAGUCCUUCCUCCCCCAAGGGGGCGAUCUGCACAACGAGUCUUAUCCGGCGAGGAUCUGCUCCGUGGUUUAGAUGGAUUUGGAGACGGAGAACCGUAUUGCUGCAAUUCUUAUGAAAGAAGCAGCAGAAUUGCGGCGACAAGCUGAGAAAGAAGGUGUUCAUGCUUAUCUGCGCAAACCCGAUGUGAGAUUUCGACCCAAUUCACGUUUCCUCACUGCAACUGUUCUUGGUUUGCAGCAGGCCAAUCGAGCUGUGGAAGUCAGUGAGAUGUGGCGUGUCCGGCAGAAAGAGCUAGAGCUGGAUGAUAGGCUUAAAGGGAGACUGAAAAGCAGGAGCAGCAAUGGUAUGAGCCAUGGACAUACUGGUGAAUCUUCUGCCGGUGCAGAUGGGGGGCCUGGAGCCGGUAAGAAAAGUGCUAGUGGUUUAUGCUCAUCAAGCAAAAAUGUAACUGAAGACUGCUGUUCCAUGCAAGAUGGAGGCUUGAGGGAUCAAGAGGUAGAGGAAUUUCUAAACUCAAGGGUCAAGCGUGGAAGAGGUGCUGUGGGGUCAAGGAUGGAUGAAACUGGUCCUUAUCUUCCUCCAUGUCCAGGUUCCAAGGGAAAUCUGUUGGCAAACCCUGAGCCGUGGGUUAGGGAAGAGUGGGAACGUCGACCAGUGCUUGGUUCUGAGAAGUCUUCACCACUGAAAUCAUUUGACUCCCCUGAAGAGCAAUCUUCUGAAGAGGAGUCUCAUGAACAUAGGCACAAGAAGUCAAAAAGGGGUAGCUCAGGGAGCUCAAACAAGCACCACUCUAGGAGGCACAGAUCAGAGGAGAAGUCAAGGGGUAAGAAGAAGAAGAAAAAGGAAAAAAAACGCAAGCAUCGCAAUUGAAGUGGCAUCCAACCACUGCAUAAAUUUGUUAUGUUCUUGGGUUGUGGAAGGGGCAAAGCAAUCAUGGCUGGCUACCUUUUGUUUAUGGCGAGGUGCAGCCACAACCACUUCAUUGCUUGCCGGAACAACCUGGAAAGAGUAGGAGAAAGAGAAGCUGAUGGAUCAGCUCCCUCUGCUUUUGUUGGCUACUACAAGCAGGUAUGCCAUUUAUAAGGCCCUCAAGACACAACAAAAGUACUUGCCAGUAGAGCCUACUCAAGGUAGAGGCCAAGGAGCAAGGAGGGGUAGGAACAUAUGAUCGUCUUCUCAUGCUGUUGGGCUGGUGGUGGUGGACAUCAUUAGUGAGUCUGCUGUUUAUUCCACCCUGAUGCUGUUUUUGGAUUACCCUUACUCUAGGAAAAUCUGGGAAAUGUGAUAGAUAUCUUGUUUGUUGAUGACAGUUACUUAUAUGGGAGUACAGGACUCAGUUUUGUUGGUUUCUAUCUAUGUUAAUGUAGUUAGCUGUAAAGGGUUGGAAUUGUUCAAUUUAUAUAUUUGAUGUGGGAAUGAUGAACGUGUUGGUUUUUGUUUAUACUAACUGAAAUAUCUUCUGAUUAUACAAAUAAAAACAAGAAGAUUUUUUUUUCCUGUCAAUUUUCAU